CAGUCCAGAGGACGGACAGACGCCCAGUUCUUCUUCCUGCGUUCAUCUCUGCAUCGCGUUCCCUCGUCUCUGUUUCUUCUUCUUUGUUGGGACGCUCUUCAUCAUCUCCUCCUCCUCCUUGUGCUCCUCCUCGGGGCUCCUGUUGUGGGAUGGUGGUGUCCGACAGACGGACACACUGAAGGAAAGUUGUUUGCAUCUCUUUGAUUGGCUGAUUGGCUCAAACGCAGCGGGUGGACUCAAACUUGACAUCCCACUCAUGAAUUCUUUCCAUCGUAACCAUAGCGACUGGCAUCCUUGGCGGCAGCGGCGGUCUCCUCAUCAUGCUUUGAGACUUUAGAACUCUUUGUAUAAUCAUAAGGUUCGUUACCGCGGCAAUCAGGAUGCAGGUGUCCAUAGCAUGUAACAUGGGAGGAGGUGGGGGCGGUGGAGGGGCCAGCGAGCACCAGCUGAAGGAGCGGAGGGCGGCGGCGAACACCAGCAGCGCCCCCAUCUGCCAGGUAAAGGUCAGGGCCGAGCCUUUGGAGCGGAACACCCUGCUAGGCCACGCCCACAUGAAGGAGGCCCUCGGGCGUUAUAGCAACAUGAAGUACAGGAAUCUUGGGAAAUCUGGGCUGAGAGUGUCCUGCUUAGGACUGGGAACAUGGGUGACAUUUGGUUCUCAGAUCUCUGACGAGAUGGCAGAGAGCGUGAUGACGGUGGCGUACGACAGCGGAGUGAAUUUGUUCGACACAGCGGAGGUUUACGCCUCGGGGAGGGCGGAGACGACUCUGGGAAACAUCCUGAAGAAGAAAGGAUGGAGGAGGUCCAGUUAUGUGGUGACCACUAAGCUCUACUGGGGCGGACAGUGGUGCUUCUGCACCAUAGAUUACGGCGGCAUGCUGAGAAUGGCCAUCUGCGUGUGUGUUGCAGGUCUGCGCGGCUCGCUCUCCAGGUUACAGCUGGACUAUGUGGACAUCGUUUUCGCCAACAGAACGGACGUGAACGCGCCGAUGGAGGAGAUCGUUCGAGCCAUGACCUUCGUCAUCGAGCAGGGCAUGGCCAUGUACUGGGGGACGUCGCGCUGGAACGUGGUGGAGAUCAUGGAGGCGUACUCCAUUGCGCGGCAGUUUAACCUGAUCCCUCCGGUGUGCGAGCAGGCCGAGUAUCACUACUUCCAGAGAGACAAAGUGGAGCUGCACCUGCCCGAACUCUACCACAAGAUCGGUGUCGGAGCCAUGACCUGGUCCCCGUUAGCUUGCGGCCUGCUGACGGGCAAAUACAACGUGCUGUCUCAGCUGACUCCGCCCCUCAUCGCCGAGAUGGAUGCGUUGCUGGGCAACAAGCCAAGAAAUGUGAAGAAGGAGGCGAGAAGAUGAAGAUGAGGAAGAGUUCAGACUGUAGAUAAUCAGAAAUAUUUAUUCUUGUAUUAAUCUUCACAUCUUCAUUAAUACAGUAAAAUAUUCAGAUGGAUAAACUGUGACUCGAAAACAGUUAAAAACAGAGAAAAGUAACGAGAAGGUUUGAAGCUGGUAUCAAAGGAAACUUUUAUGGUAAAACCAUUAAAAUGUAAAUAUGUUUGUUUCCUAGUUAAUCAUGUAGGGAUUUAUGGAAGUUCCUUAAUUAAACAAUGUUUGUGAGGAGCUGCAGAAAUAAAAAUCUAGAUUUUAUGAAACUGUGAAACACAUAAAUAUGUAUAACAAUAAAACGUACAAACAGAAGCACAAACUUUUUUCUAGUUAGGAAAUAAUAACUUGGUUUUAUUUUGUAAACAAUCACAAAUAUCACAUGAACGUAGAGUUUUAUUUUUAUAUAUUACUAUAAUUUUUCUCAUCACAUAUUAAGCCCCGCUGUGAAUUACAUCCUUGUGUUUUAUGAUAUUAGGAUAUUUAUGAAAUAAAGGCACAAGUAAACUAAAUUUAAAAUUAGUGUAAAAAACACAAUCAUGCUUCAAACUUCUCA